UUGUUGAUUUGACCACUAGGAGACAGACAUGCUGUGGCUCGAGGAAUAUCUGCUCACACACGUCCUCUUCCGGGUGUGUUUGAAAAGGCUUUCUCUGAGCUGUGUGUGGAGGGAUUCGCUGGGUGUCGAAUGAGACCCACAGUACCUCGAACUCAAACCGAGCCCAUUUUUAGGAAAAGAUCCGUGCAGCGUGGAAGAGACGCGCUGUGAUCCGCGUGCAGGAAUGUCAGAAGCUAGUUUUGUCUCGGAGAAAGAUGCCUCGCAGGAUAAUCGGUCGGGCCCUAAUGAGCAGGGCCCUCAAAAUACUGCUGACUCUCUAGAGCAAAGCAGAAACAGCCUGGAUGAGACACACAUGACUGAAAUUGACAUCAGUGAGGACAAGGACGCUGGAAAACACAGAUAUACUCCCAGUGAUGAUGAUGAGGAUGAGGAGGAUUCUCAGGCCCAGAGGAAAACUAGUGGAAUAAUUGAGGAUGAUGUUGAAGCGGUGGCUAUGGCAGAGGAGGCCCACAGAAGCCCAGCUGCUCAAAUCUCAGUCACCAGAAACGGAGACGACAGUCACCAAGAAGUGUUUCAGAGGGGUGUUUCACACAUCGUCUCCUCUGGACCAAUCACAUCACACUUCAGCAGCUCACCUGAAGACUGUGCGGUGAAUGAGGGCGAGUACACAGGUGCUUUGUCAGAGUCAGGAGCAGUGGUCCUCGCUGAUGACAUUAAGAGUCCUGCCAUCGAGAAACUGGAGCUGAUGAGGAAGUGGAGCAUCAACACUUAUAAAUGCACGAAGCAGAUUCUGUCGGAGAAGUUAGGACGCGGCUCUCGUACGGUUGAUCUGGAGCUGGAGGCUCAGAUCGAGAUUCUUCAUGAAAACAAGCGAAAGUAUGAGCAUGUUAUCAAGCUGGCGCAGACGCUGUGCAUGCAGCUGGCGCAGAUGCUUCAGACGCAGAGACAGCUGGGCGACGCAUUUGCUGACCUUAGUCUCAAAACACCCGAGCUACAUGAGGAAUUCGGCUACAAUGCUGAAACCCAAAAACUCCUGGCCAAAAAUGGAGAGACUCUAUUAAGAGCUAUCAACUUCUUCAUCUCCAGUGUAAAAACUCUAGUGGAUAAAACUAUAGAGGACACCUUGGUCAACAUCAAGCAAUACGAAGCAGCGAGGAUUGAGUAUGAUGCGUAUCGCACAGAUUUAGAGGAGCUCAAUCUGGGUCCGCGGGAUGCCAACACGCUUCCCAAAAUCGAGCAGUCUCAGCAACGUUUCCAGAUCCACCGUGAAAAAUACGAAAAGAUGCGCAUCGACGUCUCAGUCAAACUCAAGUUUCUGGAGGAAAACAAGGUAAAGGUUUUACACAACCAGCUGAUUCUCUUCCACAACGGCAUCGCCGCGUACUUCGCAGGCAACCAGCAGCAGCUGGAACAGACCCUGAAACAGUUCCACAUCAAACUAAAGUUACCCGGAGGAGAAACCCCCUCUUGGCUGGAGAAGCACUGAAAAGAGAACCAUGAGGCAACCCCUUAUCACUCCUUUCCCUUUUAACUCCUUUCUGGACACUAAAACUCUCAAUAAACCCAUACGACAGGAGCCCGUUUUGAUAAAAGAGAAAUAUCAAGCUCCUCUCUUUGUCCUUGCUGUGUCUGACUUCACACUUGAAGUUCAGUUUUGAAACCAAUGCUUUUUCUCCAGGCAGAGAGUUUGAAACAAUCGAGUUACCUGCACUUUAACGGUAGACGAAUACAGACAAAUAAACAGGAAGAAAUGAAUGUUGUAGAGACGAAGAUGAUUUAAAAUCAGUCUGAGACUACUUGCUUUUUCACUCUUUUUAGACCAAAUUUUUCUUUAUGUAACCACACUGUUAUAUUGGUUUCAAAUACAUUGGCAUAAAUGUCCACGCUGGCAUGUAGAUCUGAAAAGUUGGCUUAAUUUAGUACAAAGUUGAAGUUUUGCUGCGCUGUCACAAGAAAGGGCAGGAUAAUCAGAAGCUGUGAACUCAAUCGUUCGGUUCUUCUGUCGUGAUCCUUUUGUAGAUCGCAGUGUAAGGUGACGAAGCUGUGUUUCUGACCUGAUGUGCCUUGCUCUUUGUCAGUCAUCGUCAGUGUUGUCAGGAGGUGGAAGAACAGAUGCUCUCAUUGCCUUCCUACAGAACACAGAAUGGACCAAUAAACACAGCCACACAUGCAUACAGACCAGCAGCUUGAAAUGACAAUCCAUGCUAUCUGUUCUUGUCCAGUUAGAUUUUUUUAAAGCAUUGCAUUUCUUCGAUAACUAAGCCAGGAAUCUAUUUUGUAUAAAAUAUAAACCAAACUGUUAGAGAGAAUGCAUCUGUGAGGUCUGACUGACAUGCAUACACGCUUCUAUAUAUUUGUAAAAUCUUUGGGUAUAAAAGAAUUUUGUUUUUGAGGAUUUGUUGGUUAAUGAUGGAUUGGUUGAAACAGACAGUCCUGAAUGUUGAAUCAUGGGAUACUAUAAAAAUAAAACGUUUUAUUCUUAA